CUCCAUUGGAGGUCACUUCGUUUCCAUGUGAUGCGUAGCAGCAGCUGCUAACUGGAUCCCCUUAUUGUAAAGAUAAAUCUUUUCUUCAAACUUGGAAUAAUUCAUAAGAUUAUUACAAAAUAAUUUAAAUAAUAUGACCGGAAAACCAACUUUGUAUUCGUAUUGGCGGAGUUCGGCUACUUGGAGAGUUCGGCUAGCUCUUAAUUUAAAGGGGAUUGAAUAUGACGUGAAAACAUUAGACAUUUUAAAAAAGGAAGGUGGAGAAAACCUGACAGAGGAAUAUAAAGCCAUAAGCCCAAGGCAAUUUGUACCUGCGUUGGUGAUUAAUGAAGAAACAACUCUGAUUGAAUCGAUGGCUAUUUUGGAGUACCUUGAGGAGAGUUACCCUCAAGCAAAAUUGCUUCCAAGUGAUUUAAUAACCCGCGCAAAAAUCAGGGGGAUUUGCAGCUUGAUUGUCUCUGGAAUUCAGCCUCUGCAAAAUGUGGGGAUUCUGAAAUCUGUGGGCGAAGAGAAAAAAAUUGAAUGGGCCAGGACAUGGAUCACCAAAGGCUUUCAAGCUGUUGAGAAAGUGCUUGAGAGCACUUCAGGAAAAUACUGCGUCGGUGAUGAGAUCACUCUUGCUGAUUGCUGCCUAAUCCCACAGACCUUUAACGCAAGGGGAUAUCUUGUAGAUAUGACUCAAUUCCCUAAUAUAGUGAGAAUUGACAAUGAGCUCAAAGACCAUCCUGCGUUCAAGGCGGCCCACCCUUUCAGCCAACCUGAUUGCCCAGAUGUGGAUAGAACUGCUGAAAAGGCGUUCUCAAUUUAAUCUUCUCAUCCACUAGCGAAUUUGCUUUUUAAUUCAGUUUGCAAAUAAUGGCAAAAGCUGAAAAAAAUUAAUUCCACUCUCUUUAAUUAUAUAAAAAAAAAUUUAAAAAAAUCUUGCCAGUU